UAAAGGCAUGCGCCGCUGACACCGUUGUGAAAUUCCCCUGUGAAAAAUUGAUCAAAUUUCGAUUCCGCGGUUUCCUUCGACGAUUGGAAACCCUAGCCACCAUCGUCCCCUACUGCCGUUUAGCUGCUGAUCAACUGCACCAAAUUCCUCUCUGACCACCUCCGUAUUGUUGCGUCACCUUUCUCUCUCUCUCUCUCUCUUUCUCUAAACUGAUUGAAACAAUUUUGGAUUCGUGCCUGACGUUUUCCAUUCUAGGGUGAUGGCUGCUGAAGAAGACAACAUCGAACAAGCUGCCGCUGCACGUCGUGAGAGACUGAGUGCUCUUAGAGCUGCUCAGGAACUUCUAAGCAAUCCAGAUGGCGAUUCUGUGCAAGUCGAAGCCAACAACGAGGAUGGUGGUGAAGCUACCGAGGAUGUCAAUCCCAACAUGAAAUUUCGAAAUUACCUUCCUCAUGAUAAGCAGCUCCAGGAAGGGAAGCUUGAUGCACCAGUGCUACCGAAGUUUGAAGACCCUGUUACUGUUUUGCCCCCAGCUUUAGAGAAGAAAGAGGAUCCAUUUGUAAAUAUUGCGCCCAAGAAACCUAAUUGGGACCUUCGACGAGAUGUCCAAAAAAAACUUGAUAAGCUUGAAAGAAGAACGCAGAAGGCAAUAUUUCAGCUAAUGGAGGAACAAGAAAGAAAAAAGCAGAUGGCUGAGGAUGGUGGAAAUAUUGCAGAAGAGAUGGUUUAUGUAAGCAAAGAUUAGUUCACGGUUCUCAAAAUGUAUUGAGGUGGAAGAGAUGUUCUCCUAGUAUUCCACUGAUCAGCGAUUCAUCUGAAUUUGUUGGUGUGAAUAGCAAUUUAGAAUCUGAGUUUCCCACGUGGCAUUUGGGAGUAUGGCAUUUGGAUUUAUGGUGACCUUGACAAAAUGUAAAAUAUGGUUUGCUUUACCCGUUGACAGUGGCUGCAGAGAAGGGUUAAAAGUGAAAACCCAUUGUUGUGUCGGUGUUUUUAACCAGCUCAAACAAACGGCUGCUUGUAUGUAAAAUGGGCAGUAAUGGCCGCCAAAAGAUAUCUUCUGCUUCUGCGGACAGCCCAUUUGUUUUCUUGCUGUGACAUAGAGGACCAUUUAUCUUCUGCUGACAAUCCAUUAAAUUUUCUAGGAAAUGAAGUACCAUGGACUUGGAACUCAAAGAAAUAUUUUCAAUAAAAUCUUAUAGUUUUCUUCA